AUGAUGCUGGAACCUGAGGGAGGUGAAGUUUUUGUGGUCAAGCUCCAUGGCCUGCCCUGGUCAUGCAGAACUUUCUCCCGACUGCACAAUGAGGUUGCAGGUGUCCAUUUCAUUUACACUAGAGAAAACAGGCAUUGUGGUGAGGCUUUUGUUGAACUUGAAUCAGAAGAUGAUGUAAAAAUGGCCCUGCAAAAAGACAGGGAAAGCAUGGGACACCGGUACAUCGAGGUGUUCAAAUCACACAGAACUGAGAUGGAUUGGGUAUUGAAGCACAGUGGUCCAAACAGCGCUGACAUUGGGAAUGACAGCUUCGUGCAACUUGGGGGACUCCCGUUUGGAUACACAAAGGAAGAAAUAGUUCAGUUCUUCUCAGGGUUGGAAAUUGUGCCAAAUUGGAUCACAUUGCCUGUGGAUCCUAAGGGCAAGAUUACAGGGGAGGCAUUUGUGCAGUUUGCCUCACAGGAAUUAGCUGAAAAGGCUCUAGGGAAGCACAUGGAAGUGUUUAAGAGCAGUCAGGAGGAGGUCAGGUCAUACUCUGAUCUGCCUCUGAAGUUCAUGUCUGUGCAGCGGCCAGGGCCCUAUGACUGGCCAGACACAGCCCAGAGGUACAUUGGCAUCGUGAAGCAGGUGGACCUGGAGAGAAUGAGGACUGGUGCCUACAGUGCAGGCUAUGGGGGCUAUGAGGAGUACAGCAGCCUGAGUGAUAGCUACCGCUUUACCACCGACCUGUUUGGGAGAGGCCUCAGUUACUGUCUCUCAGGAAUGUAUGACCAUAGAUAUGGAGAUGGUGAAUUGACAGUGCAGAGCACCACUGGCCACUGUGUCCACAUGAGGGGGCUGCCCUACAAAACAACCGAGAACAACAUUUACAACUUCUUCUUUCCACUCAACCCUGUGAGAGUCCAUGUUGAGAUUGGCCCUGAUGGUAGAUUGACAGUCAAAGUAGAUGUUGAAUUUGCCACCCAUGAAGAAGCUGUGGCAACUAUGUCAAAAGACAGGGCAAACAUGCAGCACAGAUAUUUAGAACUCUUCCUGAAUUCAACAACAGGAGCCAGCAAUGGGGCUUAUAGCAGCCAGCUGAUGCAAGGCAUGGGGGUGUCAGCUGCCCAGGCCACCUACAGUGGCCUGGAGAGCCAGUCAGUGAGUGGCUGUUAUGGGGCCGGCCAUAGCUGUCAGAAUAGCGUGGGUGGAUAUGACUAG